AUGAUGAUGGCGCAUUACACUGGACCUCCUGGAGGGAAGGUGGACGAUCUUGGAUUUGAGUCACCGUGGAGCGAUGAGCGAAACCUGGACGGAGACGAGCAGGUUAUGGCCGCGAAGCGAGAGUACACGAAGUUCUGGGCUGACUACUUUCCUGUGGUGAUGCGGAGAAGGAAGCGCUGGGAACACACCGAUCCCAGACGUGACCCAAGCAAACUGCAACGAUUCGUCUACAAGGGAAUCCCGGCACCGUUUCGGAAAGAGGUGAGUAUGUUGACUUUAGUCAACGUGUUGUCGAUUCAUCACGAAGAUUUGGAUGAGAAAUUGUGCACCACGCGGUUCGCCACUAUUGACAACGGUGCCGACGGGAACGGUGGAAGCGAUUCGUAUCGACUUGCCAAGAACUUUCCCCAACAACCAGUUUCUGCGAAUCGAACGGGCAUAAAUUUUGUCGCCGGAUUGAUUUUAUUGGUGAUGAAAAACGAAACGAAUGCAGUGGAUUUGCUCAUACAGAUGGUGCGGCAACGACAAGACUACUAUAAUGAAACUAUGUCCGGAUUGAAACGGGACACUCGGGUGCUGCAACUGAUUCUUGCGUAA